GAGCUGUUCCUUCUCCAUGCUAACGUUUCAACUAAAGGUUCUAAGUUUAUUUUGAAGCUUUGAUUUCUUUUUUCCACCUCUCCAAAGCUGGUGUCCCACCUUUUUGAGAAAAUAAAAGAACAGCAGAUGAACCAAAGAGAACCGGGAAGUGGAACUAGAGUCCAAGGGUCGCCGCAUCAAGCUUCUACAUUAGUGUCUAGAUUCCAGCACUCCUUGCAAGAUCUCACAGCUAAACUAGAGAGGAGCCACGUUUUCUUUGUUCGGUGCAUCAAGCCUAAUUCCAAAAAGGUGCCAAACAUCUUUGAUACUGAAUACGUUGCUUCUCAGCUAAGGCAUUCUGGGAUCUUGGAGGCCAUAUGCAUCAGGAAAGAAGGCUAUCCCAUCCGCAUUCCAUUCCACCAUUUCCUAAUCAGGUAAGCCUGUCACUUGUCCCUCCUCCUAUUUUAACACAACAUUGUAAAAGAAAGGCACACCAAUAACAUAAUAACAGUUUAAGAUGCAAUAAUGAUAGUAGAUCAAGCAUGCCAAACCAAACAGUUGGAGCAAUAAAAUGCAGUAACUGUCGCAGCCAACUUUAAAAGUUUUAGAAUACUAAUUGGAAAAGACUUCCAGGAUCAAAAUCGGGUGUUAUUCCAGACUAUAGGAGCCAUACUCAAAAGGUACAGCAUUUGAUCCUACAUUUGGACAUU